AUGACUUAUGAUGCAGCAUCCUGGCCUGGUCAGAACUGGAGCACGGUGACUGAAUUCAUCCUCAUUGGCUUCUCCACGUUCCCCCAGCAUCUCCUGCCCAUCUUCUUCUUCCUCUACCUGCUGAUGUACCUGUUCACGUUGCUGGGGAACCUGCUCAUCAUGGCCACCAUCUGGAGUGAGCACAGCCUCCACACUCCCAUGUACCUCUUCCUGUGUGCCCUCUCCAUCUCUGAGAUUCUGUUCACUGUAGCUGUCACCCCUCGCAUGCUGGUGGACAUGCUCUCCACCCAUCACUCCAUCACCUUUGUGGCCUGUGCCAGCCAGAUGUUCUUCUCCUUCACGUUUGGCUUCACCCACUCCUUCCUGCUCAUGAUCAUGGGCUAUGACCGCUACGUGGCCAUCUGUCACCCUCUGUGCUACAAUGUGCUCAUGGGCACCCAAGGCUGUGCGAGUCUCGUGUUCUGGUCCUGGGCUGGUGGCUCAGUCAUGGGGAUGAUGGUGACUUUGAUAGUUUUUCACCUCACCUUCUGUGGGUCUAAUAUGAUCCACCAUUUUGCCUGCCACGUGCUUCCCCUCUUGAAAUUGUCCUGUGGGAGGGAGACAUCCUCUGUCACCUUGGGUGUGAUCCUGGUGUGUGUCACGGCUCUGUUGGGCUGUUUGUUCCUCACCUUCCUCUCCUAUGUCUUCAUCGUGGCUGCCAUCUUGAGGAUCCCCUCAGCUGAGGGCCGGCACAAGACCUUCUCCACAUGUGUGUCCCAUCUCACUGUGGUGGUCGUGCACUACGGUUUUGCCUCCAUCAUCUACCUCAAGCCCAAGGGCCCUCAUUCUAUGGACAGUAACACCCUGAUGGCCACCACCUAUACAGUCUUCACGCCCUUUCUUAGCGCAAUCAUUUUCAGCCUCAGGAAUAAGGAGCUGAAGAAUGCCAUAAAAAAAAGCUUCUUCAGAAAAGUCUGUCCUGUGAGCUCCUGACAAACAGUUUGGGGGUGAGGAACUAUGAUAGAAGGGCUGAGAUAAUGAUCUGUCCCCAUAAGGCUGUUGUAAGGGCUCAGGUGUGUGAAAAUACCUACACCCCAUAGGAUGUCGAUGAAGCUAUCGAUUUGUUUCUCCUCAGUUUGCUUGUCCUACUCUUGACUAGGCCUAAGCAAUCAUGAUCCCUUGUUUAUAAACCAGAGUGAUGAACUCCGCCUCAUUAUCUGAGCCAAGACUGAGUUAUCUCUCUGUAGGUGGGUGAGUGGCAUCACGUCGAUGUGUCUGGGUACUGAUGCACUUGGCCCUUCUUGAAUGGACAAGCAAGAAAAUGCUUUA